UUAACAACACGCUAUAUCUUUACCACCGCCGCCGCCGCUACCAACUGCACUGUGCCGCCGCUCGCUGUGUUAAUAAAUUAAUUAGUGCAAUAUGUUUUCUGCGGGAGCAAUUUGUUGCUUGAGCGUUUUACUGCUUCUGCAAACUACUGGCAGUAAUGGUUAUGCUGAGAAAGAAUAUUUCACGUCGAUAGCUGGAUUGGAGAAACUUCUGAGUACGGAGGUCUUUUUGCUAUCUCAUUUGCAAUCGUACGUGCAGUCCAUGACUUCGCAGUUGGAGAUGCUUAAGAGUGAAAUUCAAGAAAUUGAAAAAGAACACAACACUGCCGCUAACGAUUUAGAAGAAUAUCUAACAAGUCCAGUAAAUGCCUAUCUCUUGAUCAAACGUCUUGAUAAAGAUUGGAGUAUCUUUGAGGAUGCAAUUGAGAAUGAUGUUGCUCGAAAUUCUUUCCUGGAAGCCCUUAAAUUCAGUCGCUCAAAUUUAAGUUUCCCAACCGACGAAGACACAACAGGCUCAGUGGUUGCUUUAGUACGCCUUCAGGAAACUUAUCAAUUGGAAACUUCCGAAGUGGCUUCUGGAAUACUAAAUGGUGUUAAAUAUGGUUCCUCCAUGACAUGGCAAGAUUGCUUCCAAUUGGGUUCACAUUUGUUCACUCUAAAAGACUUCAAUCACACAAUUCCAUGGCUCAAAGAAUCCUAUCAAAAGCUCCAAGCUCAAGAAUAUUUCAAUUCAAGUGAAUCGAUUGCUUUCAUGGAAAUGGUUGCAAACAUCCAUGUUCAAAUGGGUGACUUCAAAACUGCCUUAGAUCUUAACAAUAGAUUACUUGAGCUAGAACCGGAGAAAGAAAGUGCUAUGGCAUUCAAGAAAUAUCUUGAAGUUAUGAUUGAACAAGGUCAUGGGCUGGUUGUUCCAGAAUUAAACAAAGAUAUUAUGACACCAUAUCGCCAAACAGAAGAGUUUAAGACGUAUGAAAAAGUUUGCCGUGGUGAAAUCAAACAAUCACCAAAAGAAGAAAGACCUCUUAGGUGUAAAAACUACCACCGAAAUGUUCCAUAUCGUCUAUUGAUGCCAUUCAAAAUGGAAGAAUUGAAUAUGGAUCCAUAUGUUGUUGUGUUCCAUGAUGUUAUUUAUGAUAGUGAAAUUGAACCUAUUAAGGAGUAUUCCAAGCCAUCGAUGGCUCGUUCUCAGGUUCGUACACAUGACGGAGAGGGAACAACGGCAACACUUUACAGAACAAGUCAAAACACUUGGCUUAAAUACAAUGUUAUGAGGGAAACGAAAAGACUUCGUCGUCGACUUGGAGACAUCACUGGAUUGGAUAUGUUGGCAAAUGAAGAACUUCAAGUGGCUAAUUAUGGUAUUGGAGGACAUUAUGAACCUCAUUUUGACUUUUUUGAGAACGACAAUGCUUUUGAAGAACAAGAUGGUAACCGAAUUGCCACUGCUAUUUUUUACUUAACUGAUGUUGAACAAGGUGGCGCCACUGGUUUUCCAUAUUUAAAACGUGCUGUGCAACCUAAAAAGGGAAGCUUGAUGUUUUGGUAUAAUUUGCACAAAGACGGAGAAAAGGAUUUCCGGACGAAACAUGCAGCUUGUCCUGUCUUGAAGGGAUCUAAAUGGGUUGCAAAUGUUUGGAUUCGAUCUAGAAGACAGAUGUUCCAUCGACCAUGCGACUUGGAACAGGAUCAUGUUGUUUCUAUUCCAUACAAACUUAUUCGAUAGUUUGAAGUAUUAUUUGGUUAUUUUAGA